AUGCUCCUUCCAAAAUUCGUAGCGUUCUUAGCGGCGCUAGGCACACUUGCUGGUGGUCAACGUAGUCCUCGUCUGACGCGUCAAUCCCAAACCGAUGUGCUACAAAACAUUGUUACUUGGGACCAAUAUUCACUUAUCAUCAAUGGGACACGAGUCGACGUAUUCAGUGGAGAAAUUCAUCCAUUCCGGCUGCCUGUUCCAAGCCUCUAUCUCGACGUUCUGCAAAAAGUCAAAUCGCUCGGAUUCUCUGCAAUAUCAGCCUACUUUUUCUGGGGACUGCAUGAGCCUAAACGCGGCGCUGGGAUCUCAUUCGAGGGAUUCAGAGACCUGCAACCGUUUUUUGAUGCAGCCAAAAAGGCAGGAUUAUAUGUCAUCGCUCGACCAGGGCCUUACAUCAAUGCUGAAGUAACGGGGGGUGGUUUUCCGGGAUGGGGCACCCAUACUUCGGGUCUGUGGCGAACAAGCAACGCAUCCUACGUCGAAGCAUACACCGACUAUAUGACCUCAAUCGGAAAGGUUUUAGCAAAAAACCAAAUCACGAACGGUGGCCCUAUAAUCCUCGUUCAAGUCGAAAACGAGUAUAGCGGAUUUCAAGCGCCAUAUACUGAAGAUUUCGAAUACGAAGCCAACCUCAAAUCUAUCAUGCGCUCUAGCGGCGUUACCGUGCCUCUCACUGUCAAUGAUGCGUGGCCGGGCUCUCACUACACGAACGUGGACAUCUAUGGCUAUGACUCGUAUCCUAAUGGUUUCGACUGUUCACACCCUGAUGUCUGGCUCUCCGAUGCGGUCCCCGAAUACUUCUGGGGAGCACACCUUGGAAUCAAUCCACAAGCGCCAAAUGCAGUUUACGAAUUUCAGGGUGGCGCUUUCGAUCCCUGGGGCGGGUUUGGAUAUGAAAGUUGCGCGCAGCUUCUGGGUCCAGCUUUCGAAAGAGUUUUCUACAAAAAUCAAUUCGCCAUGGCUUCGACGGUUUUGAACUUUUACAUGUUAUAUGGCGGGACAAAUUGGGGCGGUAUUGCGCAUCCUGGUGUAUAUACGUCAUAUGACUACGGUUCUGCAAUUGCUGAAGAUCGCACUUUACGAGAAAAGGCAUACGAAUUGAAACUCCAAGCCUACUUCCGUUCCGUAUCACCGGCCUUCCUCACCUCACAACCAACCAACAUAUUUGCGACUCAAGGCUCAUUCACUGGAAAUCAGGCCCUCAAAACAACCCAACUGCUUGAUUUCGUCGGCAACAAAACUGCUUUUUAUGUCGUGCGACAAACCGAUGCUUCGGUAAACGAUGAUCAGACUUACAGCUUGACGCUUCCUACAAGUAUCGGACAACUAACCAUUCCAACAAUUGGCGGGUCCCUUGCCCUCAAUGGCAAAGAUUCGAAAAUCCACGUGGUUGAUUACAGUGCUGGUUCAACCACUGUGCUUUACUCGACGGGAGAAAUACUGACAUGGGCCACUAUUGACUCGACCGAUGUCAUUUUGGUUUAUGGCAAUAAGGGGGAGCUCCAUGAAACUGCUUUCAAGUUCGGUGCAGCUAUCCCAACAGCGAAUGUUGUCUCUGGUGCGGGCAAGAUCAAGACAAAACUGUUAGGAAAUGGCGGCUUGGCAUUACAAUAUGUAACGUCUGGCCAAACGGUUGUCCGAGUCGGGAAUGUUCUCUUGUACAUUCUCGAUCGUGCCAACGCUUAUGACUUUUGGGUCCUGAAUCCAGCAACAGCUUUCGGACAGAGUUUCGUACACUCGACUCAGAAGAAUCCUAUCAUUGUCAAGGGCGGUUAUCUUUUGCGCUCGGUUACCGCGUCUGCAGGGGCUCUUCAGCUCACUGGUGACUUCAAUACAACGCAGCCUGUAACUUUCGAGAUUAUCGCCCCACAGUUAUUCCAAGCUGUUUCCGUCAACGGUGCCAAACUCGCACUUGCGAAAACUCCGCAAGGCACACUCACAGGUCAAAGAGCGGGCUCCCUUCCCCCGAUAUCACUACCCAAUCUCGCUUCCUUGCCAUGGAAAACAGCGGAUUCCCUUCCUGAAAUCCAGCCCCAAUAUUCUGAUGCCUCUUGGACAGUCGCAGAUCACAAGACCACGGUUAAUCCAACCCCGCCCAACACGACUGUUGUCCUUUACGCGGGCGAUUAUGGGUUCCAUACGGGCAGUAUUCUCUGGCGCCAUCAUUUUGCUGCUUCGGGGCUCGAGAAGGGCUUCAACGUCGGUGUUCAGGGUGGGGCUGCGUUUGGAUUUUCGGUUUGGCUGGAUCAGACUUUCAUUGGUUCAUGGAAAGGCGACGGGGCACUUUCUAAUUUCAAUGGGACCUUCUCAUUCCCGUCGACGUUGUCUAAGGACUCGCAGCAUGUGCUCACAAUUUUGCAAGACCACAUGGGAAACGAGGAAAACUGGUGGGCUGCAGGGGAAGUGUUCAAGACACCACGUGGAAUUCUGAGCUACUCGUUUGUGGGGACCGACAAAACCGCGUCCGGCGUGUGGAAGGUUGCCGGUAAUCUGGGCGGAGAGGAUUAUAUUGACACAACUCGCGGAGCGUUGAAUGAAGGUGGGCUAUUUGGCGAGCGUCAAGGCUGGCAUCUUCCCGGCUUCAACGACGCAUCUUGGGUGAAGGGGAGCCCUAUGACCGGACUGCGCCAUGCUGGUGUUGCGUUCUAUCGCACAACUUUUACUUUGGACAUCCCGGCUGGUGUCGACUACCCCAUGGCGCUCGUGUUCACCAACGCAACCGCAACCACCGCCGCCUUCCGGGCCCAGCUCUUCGUGAACGGCUAUCAAUUUGGCAAAUACGUCAACAACAUUGGCCCGCAGAAGUCCUUCCCCGUGCCGCAGGGCAUCCUGAACUACAACGGCCAGAAUACUUUGGCGGUGUCGUUGUGGGCGCUGGACGCGGCUGGCGGUCACGUGGAUUCGCUGAGGCUGGUCACAACAGCGAGGGUGGAGAGUAGCAUGGGCAAGGUGGCGAAUGCCCCAUCCCCAGGAUGGGUCCCACGAGUGCAUGUCUUCUAA